AUCAGCAGCCGAUACUGCCAGCCUGGCCAAAAACCCCGCCUGCGCAGAAGACUUGCUUCUAUUUUGGCGGUAUUGCAAAAAACAUGGCGGACAAUUCGACAGGAUGCAGCGUGCCUUGUAAGAUGACGUAUGGCGAGCUGGAAGCCUUGUGUCGCACUGAGACCCUGCACUGCAAAGAGCUCGGAGUGAGCAGAGCGAAUGUCAACGAGUAUGAGGUGGAGUUUCUCUGCAACUACAAGAAGACUAAGGAGGAAGAGGAGUUCUACUUGGUGAAGUGGAAGGGCUUCCCUGAGUCUGACAACACCUGGGAACCCAAGAGGAACCUCAAAUGCUCAAAGCUGAUAAAGCAGUUCCACCUGGACCUGGACCUGGUGCUCAAGAGUCAAAAGAGGCGUGCCAUACCCAAAAAGUUAGAUAAAGAGGUCGCCUUGUUCCUCAUUCAGAAAGCCAAACUCCGUCAGAGUCUCCAGCGCUGGCAGGACCAUCUGAAUGACACUCGCAACCACCCCGGUCGCAUUUUUGUCACAAAUGAUGUGGACCUAGAGGGCCCUCCAAAGAACUUCACCUACAUUAACAACUACAAAGUCGGCCCUGGCAUUGUGUUGAAUGAGAUGGCUGUAGGUUGUGACUGUAAAAACUGCCUGGAAGAUCCAGUGAACGGCUGUUGUCCAGGAGCCUCCCUGCACCGCAUGGCCUACAACGAUCGCGGCCAGGUCCGGAUCAGGCCAGGAAAGCCCAUUUAUGAAUGUAACUCCCGGUGCAGCUGCGGACCUGACUGUCCCAACAGAGUGGUCCAGAAGGGCAUUCAGUUUGACCUGUGCAUCUUUAAGACCGAGGACGGCCGGGGAUGGGGCGUGCGCACGCUGCAGGGCAUCAAGAAGAACACCUUUGUUAUGGAGUAUGUUGGAGAGAUAAUUACAACAGAUGAAGCAGAGAAGAGGGGCCAUUUAUACGACCGCCAGGGCUCCACCUACCUGUUUGACCUCGACUAUGUAGAAGAUGUGUACACAGUGGAUGCUGCUCACCAAGGAAAUAUCUCCCACUUUGUCAACCACAGUUGUAACCCUAACCUGCAGGUCUUCAAUGUGUUCAUUGACAACAUUGAUGAGAGGCUCCCCAGAAUCGCUCUGUUCUCAACGCGAUCUAUCCGGGCAGGGGAGGAGCUUACCUUCGACUACAAGAUGCAAAUUGAUCCAGUGGACACAGAGAGCACCAAAAUGGACUCCAGUUUCAGCCUGGCUGGGCUCCCCGGCUCGCCAAAGAAGAGGGUCCGGGUUGAGUGUCGGUGUGGCUCCGAACUCUGUCGGAAGUACCUCUUCUGACUGCAGGAAUUCUGUGUUGAUAUGCUGGAAACUGUACAGAUUCCUUUCAUGAAUUUUUAUAUGCGACCGUGAGAAAGUGUCAAGAUUUUAAACAUGUUUUUUUAUAAGCAAGAAGAAAAAGAAUCAGCAUUUUCCAUGACUCAGAGGUGCUGAGUCAGAGCCUCACUUCACUCAUUCUGACAUUUACACUGUGUGACGACACCCAGAGAACCUGCCAGAUGGAACAUUCGCCGGAAUCAAACCUCAACUUCUCUAUGAAUUCUUGCUGUUGAUCGAGGUCAUGUCAGUUUUUCUCUCUCCAUCAUUGUGUGAAUGUCACGCCUGAUGUCCCGGGGUGUGUCCUCAUGGGUCCUGAAGGCCAAAUAUUUCAACUUUGAAUCCUAACUCUUUGUCAGCCGAUUACCAAAGCAGCUGUCUGUGGUCCGCAUGAGGCCUCUGGAGUCUGGAUGAUCAAGUGGCAAAACGAUUCUUUCUAACUGCUGUUCUGCAGCCUCCUGGCUGUUCUUUAGUCCAUGUUUCUGUUUCAACUGGGGGAUUUGGGGAUUUGAUGGUAAAGUCACAUUUGAAUAAAACCUGAGUCUGAAAGCAACAGAAGCCAGACUGAAAGGAGCCUGUUCUUCUGAUGCCUUGACAAACAAAGCAGUCUUCCUGUCAGGAAUUUAGAUUCAAACAGCACUUCAAACUGGAGAACGCCCUGUCUAGAUCCCUAUGGAGACCCAAUCCAUCUAAUGCAGGGUGUCUCAGUUUCACUUUCUUUUUCUUCAGCUUUUCCCUGCUGUCUGUCUCCUGUCAUUGAGUUGACCGUUGUGCUCUUAUAAGGACAGACGGACGCAAACCUGUGAAAACAGUGUGGACGGGAGCUACCUUUUCACUUAGAUUCAUUUGGCUUCAGGUUAGUUCCCUUUAGAAGAUCUGAUAUUUUUGGAACAAGAACAACUAAAUUACAAGCUGUUUAUAGUUUUGAAGUGUUUUAUUUUGUAAUGUUGAUGGUUGAAAACAAACUAAACAGGGCUGUUGACUUCUCUGAGUAUUACCUCAUGAACUCGUCUUGCUUUUAGAAUGUUAGUUUAAGUGUCGUAGUCGAUGAGGUUCUACAGUGCACUGGCGAGAAUGUGUUCAAAAGGCCGAAGUGGUCAUUUGGAUUUUGUCGUUAUUGCGGUUCAUUCCUCAAAAAACAGUUCUUCAUGUGUGUAAAUGAUGAAAGUGAACCAAACCAAAAGUUUUUGUGUUCAUUGCUUUAGUUUGCUCCGUUUGGAUACUCAAUAAUGAGCUAUUCUGUUA